GCCCGGAAGGAGGUGACGAAGUAAGUAAGCGCCGGCAUCGCGGCAGUGGCUGCAAAGGAAGCUCGGCGGCCGUGGCCGCGGCGGGCAGGCCGUCCACCUCUUUGCUGACGGGUCUUUCCCUGCAGCUGGCAAAGGCGGGGCCGCAGUGGGAGCUGCCGCAGUUUCUGGGCCCGCGGCGGGGCAGGUGAGGGCAGCAAGGGACGGAGCUACAUCCAGAUCUCAUUAUGCAUCAGAAAAAUGAAAAAACAGAGGAAAACUCCAUGGAGGAAAGGAAUCCACUUAGCCUUUUCUGAGAAAUGGAAUACUGGGUUUGGAGGCUUUAAGAAGUUCUACUUCCACCAGCACUUGUGCAUUCUGAAAGCCAAGUUGGGAAGGCCAGUUACUUGGAGCAGGCAUUUGAGGCAUUCCCAGUGCAGAAAGAAGGCCCUUCAAAUCCAGAAAACGUGGAUCCAGGAUGAACCCUUUUUUACUAAGACAAAGUCCAAAGUGGCUGCUGAAAAUGUUAGUACUUUGCCCUCUAAAGUGAAAAGAAAAGGCACUAAACACUUCAUUUCCUCAAGGACCCUUCUGAAAUUCCAAGCAGAGAAGUUGCUGUCAUCAGCAAAGAACUCUGACCAUGAGUAUUGUGGAGAGAAAAAUCUCUUGAAAGCAGUUGCUGACUUGCCAGCCAAUAGUGUUUUAGGUCAGGCCAUUGGUCACAGACCGAGGACAGAGCUGCAAGCGUCUGACUUUCCCAUGAAGUUCAAUGGGGAGAGCCAGAGUCCAGGUGAGAGCGGCACAAUUGUGGUCACACUGAGCAACCAUAAGAGAAAGCGCUUUUGUUAUAGCUGCUACCAAGGGCUAGAGCACCACAGGAAUGGGGGACCCCUGACUCCAAAAAAGUUUCAACUUAACCAACAUAGAAGAAUAAAAGUAUCUCCUCUUAUGAUGUAUGAGAAAUUAUCCAUGAUUAGAUUUCGGUAUAGGAUUCUCAGAUCCCAGCACUUCAGAACAAAAAACAAAGUUUGCAAGCUAAAAAAAUCCCAGCAAAGCUGGGUGCAGGUCACGGGGGACCAUCAAGAGACCCGUAGGGAGAACGGUGAGGGUGGCACUUGUAGCCCAUUCCCUUCCCCCGAACUUAAGGACCCUUCUUGUCAACACCAACCGUACUUCCCAGAUAUGGACAGCAGUGCUGUGGUGAAGGGACAGAACGCGCACGUGCCUGAGGACUGCACUAAAGGAAGUCCUUUCUUGGGCCAGGAGCUUAGUUUAGAUGAAGCAUUCCCUGACCACCCGAAUGGCAGUGCCACAUACAGCUGGGACCAGUCACCCUGUUCCUCUCCUAAGUGGGAGUGUACAGAGCUGACUCAUGACAUCCCCUUACCAGAACAUCAUUCUAGUAACGUGUUUAUUUCGGAAACUGAAAGCGAUGCUCUGACUCUGGGUCAGGAAAAUUGGACAAGUACUGUCAGUGAUGACAGGGUAAAACUGGCGGUGUCCGGGGCAGAUCAGUCUGUAAGUAGUGGAGAUGGGCUCGUGUCCGAAGAGACUGUUCAGAUAGAGAGCUCAUGCCAGAUGGAUGAGGAUGGAUCUCUCAAGCAGAACAUUCUUAGUUCUAAGUUGCUGGACCACCCUUACUGUAAAAGUCCCCUGGAGGCUCCUCUGACGUGCACUGAACUCAAACUAGAAAAUCAAAUGGGAGGUGGGAAGAACAGUCAGAAAGCAUCUCCAGUCGAUGAUGAACAGCUGUCAAUCUGCCUUUCGGGAUUCCUAGAUGAGGUUAUGAAGAAGUAUGGCAGUUUGGUCCCACUCAGUGAAAAAGAUGUCCUUGGAAGAUUAAAAGAUGUCUUUAAUGAAGACUUUUCUAAUAGAAAACCAUUUAUCAAUAGGGAAAUAACAAACUAUCGGGCCAGACAUCAAAAAUGCAACUUCCGUGUCUUCUACAACAAGCACAUGCUGGAUAUGGAUGACCUGGCGACGCUGGAUGGUCAGAAUUGGCUGAACGACCAGGUCAUUAAUAUGUACGGUGAGCUGAUAAUGGAUGCAGUCCCAGAAAAAGUUCACUUCUUCAACAGCUUUUUUCAUAGACAGCUGGUAACCAAAGGAUAUAAUGGAGUGAAGAGAUGGACUAAAAAGGUGGAUUUGUUUAAAAAGAGUCUUCUGUUGAUUCCUAUUCACCUGGAAGUCCACUGGUCUCUCAUUACUGUGACACUCUCUAAUCGAAUUAUUUCAUUUUAUGAUUCCCAAGGCAUUCAUUUUAAGUUUUGUGUAGAGUGUAUUCCACAACAGAAAAAUGACAGUGACUGUGGAGUGUUUGUGCUCCAGUACUGCAAGUGCCUCGCCUUAGAGCAGCCUUUCCAGUUUUCCCAAGAAGACAUGCCCCGAGUACGGAAGAGGAUUUACAAGGAGCUGUGUGAGUGCCGGCUCAUGGACUGAAACUCAGCAAGGCUGGGAAGUCUGACCAAGUGGGAGCAGGUGGUUUGUUACUUGAAUCUCCAAACACUUAUUUGAAUUUUUACAGAUAUUUCAGAUCAGUGGUGUUGGGCCACUAUUGUUACCUCAAAUUUAUUUGUAGCCCUUAUUCAUUUCUCUAGCUACCAUGUACUAUUUUUUAAUGUUCAGUUCGGUUUCAUUUUUAAUUUUAUGGAUUCCACGUGUCCCCCCCCAUAUUUAAUAUUUAUUAUCCAAACGCAUGCAUAUAGACAGAGCAUGCAGAGUAUUAAAAAAAAAAAAAAAAAGCCUAGUAGAUUUGGUGCAGCUUUUGAAACUUAGUUAGAUGUGAAUUGAAUACAGGUUUAAAAUUUAAUCCCAGAACCUAAAAAUGAGGAAUGUUUUUUAUACAACGUAACAGAAUAGUAGGUGUUUCCUGGGCAUAAAGAGUAGGUAGGAGUGGUUCUGACAAAGCCAGUCCUGUUUUACCAGCAGCACCUUUCACUGACUUCCCUCUUUGAGGCUUUGAGCGUGAGUUGCAUUCCUUUUGAAGGGUGAGAAGAGGCUAUAAACUGACUGGUACGUUCUAUUUAUGGAGGCACACUUGUAAGUACAGUGCCUGCUUUGGGAAGAGUUGAUUAAAGUAUGAGAAAAAGACAACAAUCUUGAGGAUCCAGUUAUUUUAAUCUUAGCACAUGAGAGAUUUCACUGUUGGUUUUAAAGAAUUGAUAAUAAAUGCCUACAUCUUAUAAAGGCUUUUGCUAGAACAUUGAAUUCCUUGGAUUUUCUGUUUGUGACCCAUUAAAAAACUUAUUAUCUAUCAAACAAGUGGUCAAAUGAGAAUUCAGCCUAGGAGUAAUCUGCAAGUUGACACUUACCUUGUGUUGUCUCUCAUAAGAAAUUAAGAUUUGCCAGAUACCUUUCUGAAACAUAAACAUUCAAAACUGAAGACUGGCUUCAGGUCUUUUGAAGUGGAUGGGGAGCAGAGGAAAGGUAAUAGGGAAGACUUGAUUCCUCAGGAGUACAGCAAACGUUACUAGUUUUUUUCCCUCUUACCUCUUUAGUGAUCUCAGCAACAUAUAGGGCUCCUCAUUUGGUCUCCGCUUGACCAACCCUGAGACUCUAAGUCCUUUUUUUGCUUCUGUGAACCUCAUUUUCUGGGGAAAGGCAGAAGUGGCCCUAUCCUUACAUUUAGCUGCAUUAGGAUUAAUGUAAUGGAUCUUGAUUGCAUCUUUAAUCUGGCCUUUUGUGAUAUUAGAAAGGAAAGGAAAUGAGAUGCAUGUUAAACUACCCAAUUAUCUUUUCCAAACCGGGGCAGGCAAAACAACAUGUAUGUAUAUAAGAAACUCAGAGGCUUGUACAGAAAAAUACCAAGUAAAUGGCAGAAGAUACUUGGAUUUAUGCCUAGUUAGGUGUUAAAAAUGAAAAGCUAAAAUGUGCAGUGUGACUUGGCCAUAAGGUAAGGCUGACUGCCAGCAGGUGAAGGUGGAGUCAGACGUGUUUACAUGCAGUGUUCCUGUCCCCAGACAUUCCAAGCACCAACAUCAGUGUUUACAUUGUAAACAGCCCAGCACUUUCCUCCGUCCCCCAGACUCAAACUCCUUAGAAUACAACCAGGUCAGUAUUUCUUACUGUGCUUCAAGUCCUUAAAAAGACUGAGAUUAGAGGCACUUUAUGCUGCUACAGAUAGGGUUGUGUCAGCAUUAGGAAAGAAAAUUUAAAGUGGGGAGGAUGUCUUGAGGCUUUCAGACAUAAGUAUUGAGAAUGAGAUUUUUCAAAUGUGUGUGAGACAUUUGCUUUUUUUUUUUUUUUUUUUUUUUUGUAGCUAUACAAAGUAGCCAGUAACUAGGCAGUGGAUUCAAAAUGUCUUCUUCUUUAGAGCUCCAUAUCUCACUUACUGCAUCAGGCAUACAGAAGAGAAAAAAAGAACUAUGUUCUGGCAAGAAUCUUACUGCCCAGAGCUUGAGUUGCCAUUUCCUCCCAUCACAGAAAUGGUUGUCUCAGUGCUGAGGCACACAGGGCUGUGCAGAGAACCAGAACUGAGCUGUCUAAGGCGUUUCUCUUUCACUUCCAGCUUUAGGGGACACCCUGAGGUGCAUUGCUCAGCAUGCUUUAGCCUACAUGUCAAAUAUUUUAAGUCUGGUUAGUAUUUAUAUUCGUGAAACUUGAUUUUAGCACACAUAGUCACUUUCGCCUCUCGUGAUUAGGUAUAAACCUCUAUUUAGCCCAAGUCCUCCAUUAGAAUGGCCUUUGUCCUAAUGUUUGUAAUAACUGCUUCCUUGCAACAAAGACAUUUUUGAAAUAUAGUUUGGGCUGUUGGUGGAAGAGAUGGACAUUGUUUCACUGUCACUAGUUUGGCACUUAAUUGUUGCCCACACGGUGGGCAGACAUUAUGCUUUUGGGAUUGUGUGCAGGCCUUGUGCAAACUAAAAGCUACUUAUGAUGUCUCUUUAAGUUGCCCAGUCCUCUCCAUCAGCAAACUUACCAGUCUGUAGUUGCUUCUUUCCAGUCUUGUUUUUUUCCCCCCUAUUUUUGUUAAAUUUAUAGUAAUAAAUGUAGACUUAAUUCAACUUUUAGUAAGAUCUCUCAAGAAUCGUAGAGAACCAACAUUCUCUUAAGGAAAGGAACCUCUUAAGGGAAAAGAGCACUUGAGAACA